AUGUCAGCUGCCGAUUUAUCCAAAUACGAGCACAGUUCUGUCCACAAGGCCAUAAUCUUGAAGGACUAUGCCGGUCUUCCCCGCCUUUGUGAUCCAUCCGAUAUUCACUCAGAGUCUGUUUUAGUGGCUGAGGAAUCCAAGGCAGAUGUCAUAGCCUUUAUAAUUGACCGACGUGAUGGUUUUUGUUGUUUUGCAACAAUGGAAGCAGCCGCCGCCACCACAUCCCGAUCCCCAAUAACGCCUCUUCCUUCACCGAUUCAUAACCCUAAUCCCAUCCCAUUCCUCACCCUCAAACUUCUGAAACCACUCCGCAAACUGCAUCUUUUUGCCUCCAGCACCAGCGAUGGCAAUGAUCAGCAUACUCGAGCUAUUGAGCUUCAAAAGCUUAUAGAAGGCUACCCGUAUGAGUUCAAUUCCAAAGACUCUCCGUCUUCACUUCCGCGACCUUUGACUUCUGCUCAGUUGUCGAAUUUGACUUCAGAAGGGUCUCGGCUCCGUGUUGCGUAUCAGGGUGUUCGAGGUGCUUAUAGUGAAUCUGCAGCAGAGAAGGCGUACCCCAAUUGUGAAGCAGUCCCCUGUGAGCAAUUUGACACGGCUUUUGAAGCUGUUGAAAGGUGGCUUGUUGAUAGAGCAGUUUUGCCUAUAGAGAAUUCUUUGGGUGGAAGCAUUCAUAGGAACUAUGAUCUUCUACUACGACACAGACUGCAUAUUGUUGGAGAAGUCAAACUUGCAAUUAGACAUUGCUUGCUAGCUAAUCAUGGCAUCAAGAUUGAGGAACUUAAUCGGGUCCUUAGCCAUCCACAGGCUCUUGCGCAGUGUGAGAACACAUUGACUAAAUUGGGAUUGGUUAGAGAAGCUGUGGAUGAUACUGCUGGGGCUGCUAAGCACAUUGCUUUCCAUAAAGUUAAGGAUGCUGGGGCGGUUGCUAGCAUGGCUGCUGCUAAGAUCUAUGGUUUGAAUGUACUCGCUCAAGACAUACAGGAUGAUUCUGAUAAUGUUACUAGAUUCCUUAUGCUGGCUAGGGAACCUAUCAUACCAGGCACUGAUAAACCUUUCAAGACAAGUAUUGUCUUCUCGCUUGAGGAAGGUCCUGGAAUGCUUUUUAAAGCACUUGCUGUAUUUGCUAUGAGGAAUAUCAACCUUACAAAGAUUGAAAGCCGUCCACUACAGAAACGGGCAUUGCAGGCACCCGAUGAUGGUGUCACUGUCUUUCCCAAAUACUUUCCUUAUCUUUUCUAUGUUGAUUUUGAAGCUUCAAUGGCAGAUGAAAGAGCUCAAAAUGCUCUAGGUCAUCUGAAGGAGUUUGCAACAUUUAUGAGGGUUCUUGGGAGUUACCCUGCAGACAAUGGCCUCCCAUGA